AUGAGUUGGCAAGGAUACGUUGAUACUAGUUUGCUUGCCACUGGAAAGAUUGACAAAGCCGCUAUCUUCAGUGCUGCCGGUGACUCUGUAUGGGCUGCGUCCCCUAACUUUGCGGUCAAGCCUGAAGAAGUCCAGGCCUUAAUUAAAGCCUACACGGAUUCUGCACCCCUCUAUGAAAAGGGCUUGUAUAUAAGCGGAAACAAGAACGUCUGCAUCAAGGCGGACGACAGGAGCAUUUACGGAAGGCAGGGCAAGGAAGGAGUCUGUUGCGUCAAGACAAAGCAGGCUAUUCUGGUCGCCCAUUACCCAGAGACUGUUCAGCCCGGAGAGGCGGCGAAGGUGGUCGAGCAGCUCGCCGAUUACCUGAUUGGUGUGGGGUACUAG